GGUCACUUAAGCUGACCCCCAGUGAUAGUACGUGACGUGCGAUUUGUGCUGUUUAUCAAUUUUGCUGCCAAUGCGCUGGUUUCACUUGAUGCCACUGGCCUUCCUAGCCAGUGGCGUCUUCAGCUCAAACAAAUCGGAGAGUUGGGAGUCCAUAUCAGCUCCAGAAGAAACUCUGAGGAAGCUCCUCUACCUGCCGUACGAAAACACGGUUACCUUGAGCAGACACGUCAGCCUCGAUAUGUCAGCGGUGGUAGUGGACACGGCCAGCGGCAUGUACACCACCAGGAUUUCCGCGGAGGAGAAAGAGAGUCUCAGAACGACCUCUUCUGUGCCGCGGGGAGUCCCCUUCUCCUUCUACAGCAAGCAUCACGCCCAGGCAGCUAAGGAUCUCAUUAAGGUGUUCCUCGAUGCAAAGGAUCUUGAUGAACUUCGCCGAAUCGCCGUUGUUGUUCGAGACCAUGUCAAUGAAGUGAUGUUCUUAUUCGCACUCUCCCAUGCUUUUUAUGAGAGGAAAGAUCUAAACCCUGCUGCUUUACCCCCGCUGGAGACUGUCCUGCCAGACCGAUUCGUCCCAACAGUAGUCCUCAACAAGGCAAAGCAGUUGGCCAAAGAUGCAAUGAUUGGUAAAGACAAAGACGAGGCCCAUGUGUAUUGGCCCACCAACGAUGCGAGCGUUUACCCAAGGAGCCCUGAGCAUCGAGUGGCAUACUGGCGUGAGGACAUCGACCUCGGCAGGUUUUACUGGCACUGGCACCUUUUAAACCCCCGAAACAUCGAGCCAGGCAAGCGGGACCGACGGGGAGAGCUUUUCUAUUAUAUGAAUCACAACUUGGUCGCAAGAUACAACAUGGAGCGUUUGAGCGUCAACCUUGAACCUGUCGAAGCCUUCAAGGAUUGGAAGAAUCCCAUAAAAAAUGGAUAUUUUCCACCAAUCGCUUGCGACAACGGCUAUGAUUGGGCUAGCAGACAAGACCACACGCUCUUUAAGGAUGUUAAUGCAAUACCCCUGAGUGAAUCGACCUUCGUUUCAAAGCUUGAUACUUGGCGAACCAACCUUCUCCACGCUUUUGGUGUCGGCUAUUUGAUUCGUGAGAACGGUCCUCAUGUUCGCCUCACGGACAAUCCGAGGGUUGGCGAAGAUUACGGCAUAGACCUCGUCGGCGAAGCGGUGGAGGCCGGCGCGAGCGUGAAUCCCGGUUUGUAUGGCGACCUCAACACCUUAGGCCACGAUUUGCUUAGUCAGUGUCAUGACCCGGUGCGAAGCCACAAAAGUAACGUCGGUGUGCUGGCAGCCACAGAAACAGCCAUUAGGGAUCCAGUCUUUUUUCGUUGGCACAAAUUUAUAGACGAUGUGUUCCUCAAGUACAAGAUGACGCAGCCUCCAUACACGCCAAAGCAGCUUCACACGAAUGUAGAAGUGAUGUCCGUUACAGUCACUGACAAAUCAACAGCGAGAGCCUAUUAUACUCCACGACGAGGAGACCAGCUUCACACUUACUUCAGAGUCAAAAGUUUCGAAGCCACGAAUGGAAUCGACUUCAAGCUAAAUCCAGAAGAUCACUUUAAGGUUCACUUCCAGUCAGAUUAUCUUCAGCAUACCCACUUCUACUACACCAUCAAAGUCUUCAACCGUAACAGUGAAGUCAUACGUCCUAAAGUGCGAAUUUUUCUGGCACCGAAAUUUGACAACGUCGGCCAGAGGAUGAACUACUCCGCACUGCUUCAUUACUGGACGGAGAUGGAUGUGUUCGAAGCAGAUCCGAUUCUGCCAGGCUCAUCCAGUUACAUUACUAGAGACUCCAGUGAGAGCAGCAUCUUUGGCUUUGACUCUGAAGCUGCAUACGGAAGAACGUCUGGCUGCGGCUGGCCAAAGAAUCUCCAGCUGCCUCGGGGUAAGCCAGAUGGCAUGAAUUUCCUUCUUUUCGUGAUGGUGACUGACAGCUCGUGGGACACGCCACUUAGCCAAACGUACAGCUGCACAGAUCUAACGAACGAUUACCUGUCGAUCGGCCUGUGUUCACCUCCCCUCUUCUCCAGGACGUCCCCUUCCAGUUUCUGCGGACUCCCUAGUGCCAAGUACCCCGAUCGGUGGCCCAUGGGAUACCCUCUGGACAGGAAGAGUCCCCACGAGACGAUCGAAGCCUUUGUGAAUGAAUAUCCGAACAUGAGACUACAUGAUUUCGUCAUCAAGCAUUUAGAAGCUGCAAAUCUCAAGAUGGAAGAUGACACGGUUGAAUGCCUUCGCUUCAGGUGCUGAGUCUGUCUGUCUUUCCAUAUUUGGCAAUUCUGCUCUAGAUAUUUCUGCUUAAAAUUUGUACAAGUUCUCAUUCAGCCUAUCCAUGUUAAACUUUAAAAGAUUUGAAUACAUGAUGUGCAUCAA